AUGACUGGAUAUACGAUGUUGCGGAAUGGGGGAGUGGGGAACGGAGGCCAGCCGUGGGUGUUGAGGUGGUCCAGUCGGAUCCGGCUCACCUGGCUUAGUUUCACCCUCUUCAUUAUCCUCGUCUUCUUUCCCCUCAUUGCCCACUACUACCUAACCACCAUCGAUGACGCGGACGAUGCCGGCAAGCGCAUCUUUGGCCCUCGGACCGGCAAUGAGCUGUGCGAGGUAAAGCAUGUGCAAGACCUGUGCCGCAUUCGCGAGUCAGUCAGCGAGGAGCUGCUCCAGCUGGAGGCCAAGCGGCAGGAGCUCAACAGCGAGAUUGCCAAGCUCAACUUGAAGAUCGAGGCCUGCAAAAAGAGCAUUGAAAAUGCCAAGCAGGACCUGCUGCAGCUGAAGAACGUCAUCAGCCAGACCGAGCAUUCCUACAAAGAGCUGAUGGCUCAGAACCAGCCCAAGCUCUCCUUGCCCAUCCGGCUCCUGCCAGACAAAGACGAUGCGACCUUCCCCUUGCCAAAAUCCAACCGGAACUGUAGGCUACACAACUGCUUUGACUACUCGCGCUGCCCGUUGACAUCUGGCUUUCCAGUCUAUGUCUACAACAGUGACGAUUACCCUUUUGGUAGUUCCUUAGACCCUUUAAUUAAACAAGCCUUUGAGGCGACUGUCAGAACUAAUGUUUAUGUUACUGAAAAUGCAAAUAUUGCUUGUGUGUAUAUAAUUUUAGUGGGGGAAAUGCAAGAGCCCGUAAUGCCAAAACCUGCUGAACUAGAGCAACAGUUGCACUCUUUGCCAUAUUGGAGGACUGAUGGACAUAACCAUCUCAUCAUCAAUUUAUCAAGGAAAUCGGAAACUCAGAACUUCAUUUACAACAUCAGCACAGGGCGCGCCAUGAUUGCCCAGUCCACCUUUUACGAUGUGCAGUAUCGACCGGGGUUUGAUAUUGUGGUAUCGCCUCUGGUCCACGCUAUGUCUGAGCCCAACUUCCUAGAAAUCCCACCCCAGGUGCCAGUCAAGCGUAAAUAUCUGUUCAGUUUCCAGGGGGAGAAGAUUGAGUCUCUCAGAUCUAGCUUACAAGAGGUUCGCUCUUUCGAAGAGGAAAUAGAAGGCAAUGCUCCAGCUGACUAUGACGAUCGGAUCAUCACCACCUUGAAGGCUGUUCAGGACAGCAAGUUGGACUUUGUUUUGGUGGAGUUCACGUGUAAGAACCAGCCUAAGGCGAGUCUGCCCACUGAGUGGGCUCUGUGUGGAGAAAGGGAUGACAGACUAGAGCUACUGAAGCUAUCUACUUUUGCACUGAUAAUCACCCCAGGGGACACCCGUUUAGUGAUCUCCGCUGGGUGUGCCAUGAGACUGUUUGAGGCUCUGGAAGUUGGAGCCAUCCCAGUGGUUCUUGGAGAGCAAGUUCAGCUACCCUAUAAUGAUGUGAUCCGGUGGAACGAGGCAGCCUUAAUCAUACCAAAGCCACGUAUCACAGAAGUGCACUUUCUUCUGAGAAGCAUUUCUGACAACGAUCUCCUUGCCAUGAGGAGGCAGGGCCGCUUCUUGUGGGAGACCUACUUCUCCACCUCUGACAACGUGUUCAGCACAGUCUUAGCUAUCAUAAGGACUCGAAUUCAAAUCCCGGCUGCUCCUAUCCGCGAAGAAACUGCCAUGGAGAUUCCCCACCGGUCUGGCAAAGCUGCUGGUACAGACCCCAAUAUGGCCGACAACGGUGACCUGGACUUGGGGCCUGUGGAAACAGAACCACCCUAUGCAUCUCCCAAAUAUCUCCGCAAUUUCACCCUCACUGCAAUGGACAUCUACAGGAACUGGAAUUCUGCUCCGGGGCCUUUCCACCUCUUCCCCUACACUCCCUUUGACCCUGUUUUACCGUCAGAAGCAAAAUUUUUGGGGUCUGGGACUGGAUUUCGACCAAUCGGUGGAGGAGCAGGUGGCUCUGGGAAGGAGUUCCAGGCUGCUUUGGGUGGCAACGUCCCCCGGGAGCAGUUCACAGUAGUGAUGUUGACUUACGAGCGGGAGGAAGUGUUGAUGAACUCCCUAGAAAGGCUCAAUGGUCUCCCAUACUUAAAUAAAGUUGUGGUAGUGUGGAACUCUCCCAAACUUCCCUCUGAGGAUCUCUUGUGGCCAGACAUUGGCGUCCCAAUCAUGGUUGUCCGCACAGAGAAAAACAGCCUGAACAACCGGUUCCUGCCGUGGGAUGAGAUCGAGACGGAGGCCAUCCUGUCCAUCGAUGAUGAUGCUCACCUUCGCCACGACGAGAUCAUGUUCGGGUUCCGUGUCUGGAGAGAGGCAAGGGACCGCAUCGUUGGCUUCCCGGGCCGCUACCAUGCGUGGGACAUCCCCCAUCAGUCCUGGCUCUACAACUCCAACUACUCUUGUGAGCUCUCUAUGGUGCUCACUGGUGCUGCCUUCUUCCAUAAGUAUUACGCCUACCUGUACUCCUACGUGAUGCCGCAAGCCAUCCGCGACAUGGUGGAUGAAUACAUCAACUGCGAGGACAUCGCCAUGAACUUCUUGGUCUCUCACCUGACGAGAAAGCCUCCCAUAAAGGUGACCUCCCGCUGGACUUUCCGCUGCCCCGGGUGCCCCCAGGCGCUUUCGCACGACGACUCUCACUUCCACGAGCGACACAAGUGCAUCAACUUCUUCGUCAAGGUGUACGGGUACAUGCCUCUCCUGUACACCCAGUUCCGCGUGGACUCGGUCCUUUUCAAGACCCGCCUGCCCCACGACAAGACAAAAUGCUUCAAGUUCAUCUAG